UGGCGACGCCCAUGAGUGCAUUUUUCUAUUGCAGAAAAACAUGUCAAUAGUGUGAUCUUUGAGGCCUGUUACCGAGUUGUGAGCUUGAUAAAUGGAUGUUAAAGGGACUAAAAUAUUAGUAUUUUACGCGUUUGCUAGAUAAUUUGUGGUAUAAUUUGGUGAAAAUCACACAAACAUCUGUACCUAUUGACUUGUUCGAUCGUUGACGUUGUAACAUUAACCAAGGCCAUUUUUGAUUGGUUGUGUAAAUUAUUUUUCUGCAAAAAUUGACAUGACUACACAAUGAGUUUUGAUCCAGACCAAGUCAAUGAAGCAAAUUUCCCUGGUCUUUCUGGAAGUAUUCAGGAUGAAGAUGAGUUCAGCCAGGAUUCUGAAUGUAGCGAUAGGGAACUCUUCAAAAGCAAAGACAAGAAGAAAGACAAGAAGAAAGACAAGGAACGAGGCUACAAGUCAUUUGAGCCAAUGGAGGUGUACUCUGAUGAUGAAGAUGAGAGGGGCAAGAGAAAGCGGAGUAUCUUCCGCUCUCGUAAGGUCAAGACUCCAAAGGAGAAACACAAGGAAAAAGAGCCGGUAGUAGACGAGAAACAGAAAGAGAAAGAGAUGAUGAAAGCGGAGAAGAAACGGAGCAAGAGCAGAGAGCGAGAGGCCAAGAAGGAAAGGACAAGGAGCAAAGAGAGAGAAAAGUUUGCUCGUAAGAAGGCACACACCAUCAGCAAUGUGCCGUCUCCUAAACCUGUGGAAGUAAAGCCUGUCUUCGGUAUCCCCUUAGCCGAGGCUGUAGAACAUACCAAGAUGUACGAUGGGAUUGAAUUACCAAAGAUAGUACGAGAAUGCGUUGACUUUAUUGAAGAUCAGGGUCUAAGUGUUGCUGGUAUUUAUCGUUUGUCUGGGGUUAAGUCCAAGGUGGAGCUGCUGAAGGGCCGAUACAAUCGCAAUGAAGAGGUGGAUCUAAGUAGUCAAGAUCCAAACAACGUAGCAAGUCUCCUCAAGCAGUACCUUAGAGAGCUGCCUGAGCCUAUUCUCACCAAGACUCUCGCUCCUAAACUUGAAGAAACAGCAGCCAUUGCUGAUGUGAAGACCAGAGUAGCCCAGUUUAAUCGUAUGCUUCAAGUCUUGCCUAAAUGUAACUUUACACUACUGUCUUGGAUGGUGGUCCAUCUCGCUCACGUCCUUAACAAUGAGGCAGAGACUAAGAUGACAAUUCAAAACAUCUCCAUUGUGAUGUGUCCAACACUCCACAUUAGUCACCGAGUCCUCAACCUUCUCUUUACCAACUGGAAUACACUAUUCAAAGGUGUACAGAUCAAGAAGUGUCCGCAACCACUACGAUGGAACCAGACUAAAGAUCGGCUUGAGCUUCCAGAAAACACAGAUGCUUUGGAGGAUGAGUUGAUGCGACAGGAGGCCAUCUUGGCUAAGAUGCACGAGGAACUCAACAGGGGAUUGGCUGAUAAGUUGACUGAAGAACACCUUUGGGAAGUGCAGCGAAUAGUCACCCAGCUCAAGAGAAAAUUGCGAGUGAGUCGACGCAUUUCGGAAACAAGAAUUGCUGCCAUUGAAAAAGAGAAGGAGCGGGAAAAGGGAAAGGAGAGAGAAAAAGAAAAACAAAAAGAAAUUGAUAAAGACAAAGAGACAAAGAUUACUAAAGAAGAGGACAAACCAAAAACCCAAGAUAAAGACGUAGAAGUAAAAGAAAAAGGUGCUGCUUCUCAAGAAGUCAGGGAUCCUGACAAGGAGUCACUGGAAAGGACACCUAAGAAGAGACAGGCACCUAAGACUCCAUUAGAUGUUCAGCAAGUUGAUGAGGAGGAGGUUGCGACAGUUGACAACACUCAAGACAUUCCCAAGGUUGUGGUUGAGAUAAAGGAAAAAGAGAAAGAUGCGGUAGAGACCAAGAAAGUCAAGGAAGAUGAGGGCAAGGAGGAUGAGGAUGAAUCCGUCUUCUUGGAGGAUGCUGAAGCUAAGAAACAGGAUGAGGAAGAUCUAGAGAUGAUCCGUCUGUUGCUGUUGUCUCAAGCUGAGGUAAUGGCUGAACAGGAGGAGCUUCAAUCCAUACGCAACGAGUUAUUAAAGCGAGUUGAGGCUGAGCGACAGGAGGUACUGAGGUUGAAAGCGGAGAUCUGUGAGGCACACACUCACCAUUGUCGCACCUACCCAAUGGACAGUACGGAUAGCCUCAUGUCAUCGGAUAGCAGCACUGAUAGUGAUGAUGAAGAUGAUGACCGGGAGCUCCAGACUAUCCUGAAUAGACUCAUACGAGAAAACCAAGAACUAGAGCGCAAGAAUACUCAGCUCAGCCAUGAUAUCCACAAUGAGAGAGAAGCAUGUGUCGAGGUCAAAGUUCAAAUCAAACUACGACAGCAUCCCUACUAUGAAAUGGAACCAUCUAGUAUUCAGUCCGUAAAAGAUGUCCAAGCCCGAGAGAAAGAGCUGCGAGCAUUCGUCCGCGAGGAGCGAGAGGUCGAAUCGGACCCCGAGGUCGUUCUGAGCUCUGGAGAGGUCAAACGAGGUCGACGGAAAUCAAAGAGUAAUCCCAACGUAGCUGGACCAAUGGUGGUGGCUCGUGAUGCCGAGUGGCAUUUGGGGCCAGAUUUGGAAAGUGUAAAAGGACAGAAUGGGGAGAAGAAGACGUUGGAUGCAGCAAAAGGGAAGAGAUUGGAACGGGAGACAUCUGUUUGAAGAUACAACAGUGGUUUGGAGUACCAGAUCAUCGCUGUUCAAGUAUACACACAUGUCUUUAUCAAACCAUGACCUGAAAGCACACCAUUUCAAACUCACUGAUGGAACUUAAAACCCAAGCUACAGACAGGUUGUUAAAAAAAGACCAAUAUAAACCACAAGGGAAACUGACUGGGUAAAUUUUUACCAGUCAGUUGUCCUUGUGGUUUUUAUUGAUAUCUGAAACAAAAAGUUGCAUCCCCUUAAGGUGAUCCCCUGGCUGCUGCUUCCCAGGUUGUAUCGUAA